AACAACAGCAGGCACCCAAGAAGGCUGCAGAGUGGAGACCACUGGAAAGAUGAUUUGGAGAAUGAAAGAAGGGACAUUCACAAACACCCCUGGGUCACCUUUAAAGGAAGGCCAAAUGUCUGAGUUCUUUGAAGGUUCUAGCACCAUUCCUACCAACUGCACCCCAGGAGCCCACAACUCUACUAUGAAUGAGACCUUAAUGGUUUUCCAUGGCUUGCAGCUGGUGCAACAGUUGAAGUUGCUGAUCAUCCUGAUGUAUGCGGGUGUGGUAAUUAUCGGGAUGGGAGGUAACUGCCUUCUGGUUCAUGUCAUCCUACAUGUAAAGAAGAUGCACAAUGUCACCAACUUCCUCAUUGGGAACCUAGCCCUUUCUGAUGUGGCCAUGUGCACCACCUGCAUCCCACUCACUCUCGCCUAUGUUUUUGAGCCACGUGGCUGGAUUUUUGGCAGCACAAUGUGUUACUUUGUCUACUUCUUGCAGCCUGUGACAGUCUAUGUCUCCAUCUUCACCUUAGCCACCAGUGUGGAUCGGUACAUUGUCAUUAUGCACCCACUGCGACGCCGCAUCUCUCUGCAACUCAGUGCCUACAUGGUCCUCUUCAUCUGGAUUCUCUCCUGCUGCUUGGCAUUGCCAGCCAUGGCCCACACCUAUUACGUGGAACUGAAUCAACAGGGUGUCACCUUGUGUGAGGAAUUUUGGGGGCAGCAAGAGCACCAGAGACAAACCUAUGCCUUGUGUCUGUUGCUGAUCACCUACCUCUUCCUUUUGCUGGCCAUCCUGAUAUCAUAUAUCAAGAUCUCUCUCAAACUAAAGAACAGGGUCAUGCCAGGGAGUGUUACUCAGAACCAGGUAGACUGGGACAGAGCCAAGCGGAAGAGGACAUUCUGCCUGUUGGUCAUGGUUGUGGUGGUGUUUGGGGUGUGCUGGCUUCCCCUUCACACUUUCAAUCUCAUUCGGGACAUUAACAUUAAUGCAAUUGAUUCUUAUUAUUUCAGCCUCAUCCAGCUGGUUUGCCAUUGGUUUACUAUGAGUUCAGCAUGCUACAACCCCUUCAUAUAUGCCUGGCUUCAUGAUAGCUUUAGGGAAGAGCUUAAAAAAUUACUUGUUUGGCAUAGAAAAGUAGUUCCUUCUGGCCAAAGUCUGACUGUAAGUGUUGUUAUCUGAUUGCCUUUCCCACAUCUGGUCUUGCAGUAGUCAUGGGUCCACCCUGA